AUGUUGCGAUCCAGCCUCCUAUGGACGGUUGCUUUGGCGAGCACCGCUAUCGCCGUUCCUCAUGUGGCACGGCGCAGCCCUACGCCUUCUAUUUCUGUCACGUCUACCGCGUCAUGUACUGCCGGCGAUACCUCUUCCACAGAAGGAGUUCAGGCUAUCCUUGACUCUACCGGUACCAAUGACUGGCUUGAUAAGCAGCUGGAAACGCUAGGUGGUGAAGACGACUGGGUCGACAAGCUAUGGGAGAGAGUCUUCCCUAACCAGGGAACCUCUCCUCUCAGUGGUUGUGGCACCGUUGGAAGCAACUGUGUCCCCGAUGAUAUGUGCGGCAAUUACCCAAAUGAACAGGCAUACUGGACUUUCUAUGCAGUUGGCUUGCUUCACAGCAAAAUCAACUACGUUCAUGACAAGAUUCUAUGGACUGGUUGGCUAGACGGCCUAUCCAUUGAUCAGAUUUCGAAGGACUUUUCACAACCUGCCCCAGAUGACACCUGGAUUAAGUGGCUCGCAGCUGCGAUGACGAUUGCUAGCGGAUUUGGUACUGCCGUUGAUUGGAGCAAGGGGCUACGUGGAAUGAUAGGCAUGGCUGGUGGCUGUACGUCUCCCUGA